AGAGAGAGAGAGAGAGCACACAGGGAGGGAGGGGCUCCCGCAUCGCGUUUUCCUGCAACCAUCUCGGACCCGCGGCCUGUCGUUCGACAUGAGGAUGCCGAGGAGAGAGGGCUGCUCGGCGGCAGGAGGCGGCGGCGAGGGCUGCACUCGCCUGCCCCCGGUCAGGAAUCCUUUUGUGCACGAUAUCCGCCUGUCGGCGCCGCAGAAGGCGAAGAUAGCUGUUAUGACGGUAACACUAUUCCCAAUUCGUCUCCUGCUGGCUGCUUUCAUGAUGCUUCUAGCUUGGCCAUUUGCAUUCCUUGCUGUAUGGGGCCGUAUUGAAAAGGAACCCGACAAACCAAAUACUAUGUGGAAAAAGACAUUGGAUUUUCUACUGAAGGUGAUAAUGAGAGCUAUGUGGUUUGCGGGUGGCUUUCAUUGGAUGAGUAUAAAGGGACGCCGUGCAUUGCCAACAGAAGCACCAAUAAUGACAUUAGCACCACAUUCUUCAUAUUUUGAUGCGAUUCCAGUCACCAUGACCAUGGCUUCCAUUGUAAUGAAAGCUGAAAGCAAAGACAUCCCUAUAUGGGGAACUUUGAUAAAGUAUAUUCAGCCAGUCUUAGUGUCUCGAUCAGACCAGCAUUCGCGCCGAAAAACAGUGGAGGAGAUAAAGCAAAGAGCUCUAUCUAAUGGCAGAUGGCCUCAGGUAAUGAUAUUCCCGGAGGGUACAUGUACCAACAGAUCAUGUCUGAUCACCUUCAAGCCUGGGGCAUUUAUUCCUGGAGUUCCUGUGCAGCCUGUGAUCCUACGUUAUCCCAACAAAACGGAUACAAUCACUUGGACCUGGCAAGGACCUGGAGCGUUAAAAAUCCUAUGGCUCACCUUGUGCCAGCUACAUAAUAACGUGGAAAUGGAGUUUCUGCCAGUUUAUACACCCUCAGAGGAAGAAAGGAAAAAUCCGAUUUUAUAUGCAAAUAAUGUCAGAAAGGUAAUGGCAAAAGCUCUUGGUGUUCCUGUGACUGACUAUACAUUUGAAGACUGUCAGAUUGUAAUGUCCGAUAGCCAGUUGAAGCUUCCUCUGGAUACUUGUCUUCUAGAAUUUGCAAAGCUGGUCAGAAAACUCAAUUUAAAGCCGAGUCAAGUUGAAAAGGAACUGGAUGAACUUGCAGAAAGUGCCAAAAAAGAGAGAGGAAAACAUAUAACUCUGAAGAUAUUUGCUGAUUAUUUGAAGCUGCCAAUUAAUGAUGCAUUAACAGAUGUCUUUGCACUUUUUGACGAGAGUAAAGAUGGAACAAUUGAUUUCAGAGAGUAUGUGAUUGCCUUGUCUGUAGUAUCAAGACCAUCUAACACUCUUGAAACUAUUAAGCUGGCAUUUAAGAUGUAUGAGUCAGACGAACAAACUAUAGAUGAUAAAGAUCUGACCUGCAUUCUGAAGACUGCAUUGGGAGUACAUAAACUUGAUGUAUCAAGUUUAUUUGAAGCUAUUGAUGUUACUCAGAAGGGAAAGAUCAGUUACAUGGACUUCUCCAAGUUUUCAUGUUUGAAUCCUGAUUAUGCUGAGGAUUAUCUUUACCCAAACCAGAAGAUGGAUUUCAUAGACAGCAUGAAAAACAAAUUUGCCCCCACUAUUAAUGGAUUUUGCACUGACUUCUCGCCUGAGGACCAAGAAGGGGAGAAAGAAGAAAGUAUCUUAAAUAAAAAGCUUAACUAACUCUUUAGUGAUAGACCUUCUCCUGGUGAGAAGGUAGACCUAUUGGGGGACCCCUAUGUUACUUCUAUUAACUUGACUAAAUGUCUUUUUCCUAUAUGAGCCUACUGCCAUUUUUCUGUAUUUAUCAUCUCUCCAAUGUAAUAUUUGUUGAACUUGGAGAUGGUGAGUUUGAAAGAAAAUUUAACAUUAUCAGAAUCAUGAUUGUGAAGAUGCUUAGUAUUUGUACCUGUGUACUUGAAGGAAACCAAGCACUUAUUCAGUUCAAUUUCUACGUCUAUGGUAUGUGUUAUGGUGACUAUGCAUGUUUCUAACUUGUAGUUACAGUUGUGAUAGCUCAUUUUGGUUUUUUUAUUAUCCAUUUAUUGUCUAUUUUGUCUAUGCUUAAUUUUAUUACAAAUAGCUUUUGGGGGAAAAAUGUUUGCGGAGGUUGGGGUAAUGGUGUUUUCUAUCAGUGUUACAAUAUAACAAAUCUUUUUUGGUGUGGUGCAUUCCAUUCUGUAAUGUGCUAGCUUGGGAUAUUGUUAAAUAUUAAGUAUCAUCACUUUGUUCCCUGCUCUUGCGAUCAUAAUGAGAGGAAAAAUGUUCUACUGUGAUUGAAGUAAAAAGAACACAGAACUGUAAGGAAAUCUAUUCUUAUCCAGAUUAACAAUGGAAGAGUUUUCUGGAUACAAGUUUGGUACCCACAGGUUAAUUCCUUUACAGUUGCAUAGGAAUUUUAUUGAAGGUAUUGUUACAAAUUCUUUAAUAUGCCAGAAUGAUGGAAUAUACAUGAGGGAUAUUGUCCCUAAUAUUUAAUUUGUUUGACUGUUUUGAGCAGGGAAUCUUGUUGGUUUUGUUGAUCAGGUAACAAAGCAUGUUGUCUAAUGUGUGUAAAUAGCAGAAAAGAACAAGAAUAUGUGUUACAGUGGACCAAUAAGGACAUGGCCGUACAUUAUAAACUAGAUGUUAAUAUUCUGAAUGUAGACUUAAACAUUUGUACAUUGUAUGUGACAGUAGCCAAGGGGUAGGCAAAGAUAUUCCUCUGGUUCUAAAACACAAUGCAAUAAUCUGAUCAGAACCAUGGAUUCACAGCAUUUUAUAGUGCGCUCACGUAGUUUCUUGACUGCUUAUAAUCAAGGUAACUCUAUUCUUAAAAUUUACAUCUUGAGAAUAAAUGGAAGACAAUGAGAAAUUAUACAUCUGGUGACUUUAUCGCAAAGCAGUAUGAUUUCAAAGCUACCGAUUCAAAAUUGAAGUUUAAAAUAGACUGCCAACUUAAGGGCAUGAAAUGUGUAAUGAGGUGCUGAAAAUAUGCAUUCUGAUCAGUGCGGCUUCAUUCUGUAGAUGAAAGAUGCUGCCUUUUUUGAAAUUUAGACCAAAAACAACACUGGAAGAACUGAGCAGGUCUUUUCAGCAUCAGUGGAGGCAAUAAACAUUUUACACCCUGCAGGAGUUCUGAAACAUUGACUUGUUUCCACAAAUGCAGCUUUGACCCUUGGAGUUCCUACAUCACUGCAGCUUAGUUGUAAGUUCUUUAGUUUCUAAGGAAAUGUACUGCAGUGUUUUCUUGCUCUUGUGAUGUCUAUAAGUGUUAAUACUGUAAAUUUUGGAGAGAAUUUAAACUAUUAAGGAAGACUAUAUUCAAGCUACAAGUUGCAGUUAAAAACUGAUGAUGUCACAGGCAGGUUGGAUUUCUUUAAGAUAAAUUUAGUUCACAAGAUUUCAUUGCAUGGGUUAUUGGUGUGUUUUGAGGACUGGUGCGAGUGGAAUAGUUAUCUUAACAAAGAUGUGGAACAAAUGAUUUGCAUCUGAUGUGAAAUCGUUCUCAGGAAAGCAACUAGCUGAUGCAGCUAAAUACAGUAAGCAGGGUCUAUAUUGUUCGAAAGCACAAUCUUAGUCCUCAGAACUGUGGUAGUGAACCCUUGCUACAAGCAGUGAAACUGUUACUACAAGUUAAACCAGUUUUUGUUUUACCUUAAGGAGAUGGAAAAAGUAGGGAGAAGAUUUUUUUGUAGAUAAAUUAUUUCUAACAAAGGGAGAAACUGAACUUUUCCCAUUUUAGGGAUAUUUUUGUCUCAUGUUUGUCAAAUAUUUGAUUCCAAGUUUAAGGUUGCAUUGAAAAUCAACAUUAAAAUAAAGUUUUGUUUAUGGUGAAAGUUCAGGCAUUUUGCUCCAUAUGGGAUGAAUUUUAAUCAUCUGCUCCCAUUAUGUUCAGCACGAAACAAAUGCCUAUAAACUCUCCCACCCUUUUCUAAACUCCCAGUGCAAUGGACAUGGAUUUUAUUCAAGGGGAUCAUUACAAAUGAGCUCUUCUACUACAUUGUGUUUUGGGAUAAGUUUAGAUCUGUUGACCUCGAGUAUUAUAAUUUCUAUCCCAUCUGGCUGAAUGAUUAUGUAUAAUCACAAAAGUUGAAUGGGUCAUCAUCUAUUGCACAGAAUGAAAUAAUCAAAUGAUGGUUUUUAAAAUGUUGACAGAUGUAUGCUCCAAUCUAAUUAUGCUAGUACAUUAUUCACUCCAAUUUCCUAUAAUUCAAUAUAAAAUAGAUUGGUACUGUGUAAGAUCAGAUACUGAGAAAAUGCUGAAGUAUAUUGAGAGGUUAUAGAUUUUCAUCCCUGGAUAAGGAAUGAGAGUUAGUCGUAUCACUCUUUUGCCAGUUAAUACUGCAGUACAUAGUUUCAUUAAUUUAAGGAGGAUGAGAGGAAGCAUUUAUUGUUGAGCAUCAUGCAGUAUUAAUGCAAGUUUUGUCAGAUACAGGAAAAUAACUGAUGAAAAAGGUUGGAGGAGCCAAUCACUUGUACUAUGAUUAAAAUUAAUGUAAAAUCCUGCUGAAAAUAUAUACUGGCACUGCAACAUUAGCAAAUUGUGAUUUCAGAAUUAUUUAAUGAUUUUUAAUGUUAUAUACAGGUGAAUCCUUUGGUGAAGCAAAUCAGCAUUUUUGAACGGUACUGUAUAUAUUUGAUGUUGAACUGCGAUUCCUUUCACAGUCAGGUUUGACAUUUUGAAAACGUACAAUCUAGAUCUAUAUGUAAUGAGCCUCAGUGAGGAUUGGAAAGGGUCUUGAUUAGUUAUAAAAUAGACAACUUCAGAUGAACUAUGAAUUUACAAAUAAUAUUAUGCUUUGAAGGGUAAUGUACUUUUUCUGAGGAUUUUUCAAUGUUAUUUUGUAUAUAUCCAACGAAAUUUUCAAUUUCCCGUAUAAAGACUUCUGUGAAGGUUGAUGAUCACAUGAUUUUAAACCUGAGAACUGUACGGUUUCUCUGCGGUGAGAAUGAUUGUUAAUAAUGUUAAGAGGUGAAGUUCAAAAAAAAAUCCUGUGAAGAUUAAACAUUACUUAUUGGCAUGAGAAAAUAGGAUUUAUAGUCAACAGCCUUUCAUGAUUUAAAUUGGUGAUCAUAAGUUUGUGGAAGGUAAUUUAAUUUUUUUUUAAAUGACUGCUAACAUAAUUGUGAAUCGUGUAACAAUUUCUGGUCGCUGCAUCUUAAUUAUGUAUCAGGCAAUUGCAUUCUCUGAAAUAAUGCAGUGUGAGAAGUUACAUUUAAUCAUGUAACUCCAUUAUCAGACAUGGUUGAUAGAGUUUUGCAAUCUUAAAUGUGUAUUUUCUUUAAGAAAAAUACCUCAGUUGGCAUGCUGUCCUGUGUUCUUGGUUGUCUUUGAAAGGAUCCAUGAAAUUGUGCAGAAGGGCUGCUUAUUUUUUUAACUACCUGUUUACUGCUGUAUUUUGUAUUGAUCUUGAACAAAAUUUGACUUAUUACUUUGUUAAUGCUUCAUAUUGGAUUAUAUAUGGAAAUCUGUUGCAAUAACUGACAUUUUUUUCCCUCAGUUUAACUUGUACAUAAAGGGAAUACUGCUUAAACUUGUACUGGAUUUUGUGUUUAACAGUGAAAUUAUUUGGUUUGUCUCAGUCCAGAAUAAAUGGAUCGAAAAGUG